GUUUAGAGAGCCACAAAGGCGGGGGAUGAGAAUCGAUCCAAAAAUCUCUUGGAACCAAACGGAGAGCUCUUACCACUUAAGCUUUCUCUCACUCUCUAAACACGCAUUUUAUGUGAGAGUAUAGUUUAUUAUGCUCUUUUCACAUAAGGAUUUGACAAAAUCAAUUAUGGGUGUGUCAAAAAUAAUUUCCCACCAUAAAAAUCAAAAUUAAACGAUACUUUAAUUUCGAUUUAGUUCAAUUUAAUUCUUACUAAAAUUUAACCGACACUUAUUUUUAUCCCUCCCAAAAAUAAUCUUCCAUAUCUUCUCAUCACUUCAAAACAGCAUUACCAUCACGUGGUUUCUGUUCUGAUCCAGCUUUCUUUCACAAAACACAACUCUUCUCUUUCUUCUGAAAAGAAACACAAGUCUGAUAUUCCUUCAAUUACUUCCUAUUUUUAAUUCAAAUUUCUCAAUUCUAUAUACUGUUUUUAAUGUUCUUCCUAAUUUUCUCCAAUCAUCAACACUGUUAAAAUUCCUUAAACAAUACUUGUAUCUCCAAUUCCCCUUGUUCUCUGACACUGUUUCCUUCUCUCUCUUCUUUCCCCACUCAAAUUGCAGAUCUCACUGAAUUUGUCCAGAAAAUUAUGGGAAUUAAGCGGAUGUUUCCAGAUUCCAAAGGGGGCCAAAUGUUGAUGGUGGGUUUGAUUUUGAUUGCUGCCGCUUUUUAUGGAGGCACUCUCUUUGCCAAUAACGCCCCUCUUUUGGAAAUACCCACUUCCUCCAAUUUUUCUACUGAUUCCUCAAGCUUUACAAAUAGAGUUGCUCUUAAUUAUCGAAGGACACCAUUGGUGAUCUCUCAAUCAGGGAUGAAUGUAUGCCCAAUCAACUUAAAUGAACAUAUACCUUGCCACGAUCCUUUUUAUGUGAAAGAUUUACUUCCAUCUCUAGAUCUUUCGAGGAAAGAGGAACUGGAGAGGCACUGCCCUCCUCUUGACAAGCGCUUAUUCUGUUUGAUACCACCCCCUAAGGAUUAUAAAAUACCAAUCAGGUGGCCAAUCAGCAGGGAUUAUGUCUGGCGGAGUAAUGUGAAUCAUACUCACCUUGCAGAAGUGAAAGGAGGUCAAAAUUGGGUUCAUGAGAAGGGGCAGCUGUGGUGGUUUCCCGGUGGUGGUACUCAUUUCAAGCAUGGAGCUGUUGAAUACAUUCAAAGGUUAGGAAAUAUGACCACUAAUGAGACAGGUGAUCUCCGUAAUGCAGGGGUGUUUCAGGUUCUAGAUGUUGGCUGUGGUGUUGCCAGCUUUGGAGCAUAUCUACUGCCAUUAGAUAUACAAACAAUGUCCUUCGCCCCCAAAGAUGGGCAUGAGAACCAGAUUCAAUUUGCUUUAGAACGAGGAAUCGGUGCAAUGAUUGCUGCCAUAUCUACAAAACAACUUCCUUAUCCCACAAGCUCAUUUGAAAUGGUACAUUGUUCAAGAUGCCGUGUUGAUUGGCAUGAAAAUGAUGGCAUCCUGCUGAGAGAAGUUGACCGCCUUUUAAGACCAAAUGGAUACUUUGUUUACUCUGCCCCACCAGCAUACAGAAAAGAUAAAGAUUACCCCAUGAUAUGGGAUAAGUUGGUGAAUAUAACAACAGCCAUGUGUUGGAAACUCAUAGCUAAAAAGGUUCAAACAGCAAUCUGGGUUAAACCAGGGGAUCAAACUUGUGUCCAGCAGAAUGCAGAACAGAACCUGAUACAAAUAUGUGACGUGACUAAUGAUUCAAAGCCGUCAUGGAAUAAACCACUGAAGAAUUGUGUAACCUUGAGUGGUGAACUAGCAAAUUCUGAUAAACUUCCUCCACAGCCAGAGCGUCUUUCUGUAUAUUCUGAGAGUCUCAGUAGACUAGGUGUUAAUCAAGAGCAAUUUACUAUGGACUCAGUAUUUUGGAAGAAUCAAGUUGAGCAGUAUUGGAUGUUGAUGAAUGUUAGCAAGACACAGAUUCGAAAUGUCAUGGAUAUGAAUGCCCUCUGGGGUGGUUUUGCUGCAGCAUUAAACUCAUAUCCUGUUUGGGUCAUGAAUGUAGUUCCUUCAACCAUAGAUGAUACGUUGACUGCUAUUUACAGUAGAGGUUUGCUAGGUGCUUUUCAUGAUUGGUGUGAGCCAUUUUCAACUUAUCCUCGAUCUUAUGAUCUUUUGCAUGCGUGUUAUCUUUUCUCUCAUUACAAAGAUCACAAUAAUAAUUGUUUGCUGGAGGAUAUCAUGCUGGAGAUGGAUCGUAUUCUGAGACCUGAGGGAUUUAUAAUUAUCAGGGAUGAAGAACUAAUCAUUUCACGAAUUAAGGAUCUUGCACCGAAGUUCCUUUGGGAUGUGAGUUCAUACCAGAUGCAGAACAAACAAAAUGAAAACGAAACUGUACUCGUUUGCAGGAAAAAAUUCUGGGCAAUUGUUUGAAAGAUGUGUGUUACACGAAAUACGGACUGGUCAUUAAUUCAAAGACUCAUGAAUCCCCAGAUUCCCCUGGAUAUUUCCAGUCAAAGCAAGAGUGGAGACAAAGAAGCAUUUUGUAAUUGUGUUAGCUUAUUUUUCUUCUAAGUUUGUUCUCAUGGUAGGUUUUUUUUUUUUUUUUUUUUUUUUUUUUUUUUUUUUUUUUUUUUUUUUUAGUGAGAAGUAGUGAUAUAUAGAGGAAAAAAGGCAAUAGUUCUAAUUUGCUGUAUGAAUAACAUUUAAUUAAUUUAUCUUUCCUCUUUACAUAAAUCAAGGCAAUCUAGGUGAGAAGAUCAAUAUUGUAUACAAGACUUUUGCCUUCGCCUAAUCUGUCUAUAUCUAUAUGUAUUUAUAAUUAAUCUCAGAGGCACAACAUGUGGCAUCCUUACCCUAGCAUGAUUUGGUGAGUUGGUGCCACAUGAGCAAUGAUAUGGUAAGUCAAGACGUUGCAAUAAUUCCUUCACUAAAAAAAAUGUUAAUACAAAGAUUUAAAUUUAAAAACUCCUCGCUUAUAAUACAACGUGUUUACCCUCUAUGAUAUAUUAUUUUUACGGAAAUUUCACCAUAUACCACUCAGUUUAAGCUUAAUUCACUGUAUACCACUAAAAACUUUCUAAUACACCAUAUAACCUUCAAUUUUAUGGAAAUGUCACAACAUGCCAUUAAUGACCAACGGAGGUUAACACCGUUAGUCAUUAAGGUUAAUAAUGCCACGUGGCACUCAAUAAUUGGACCAAAUAAAUAAAGUUAAAACAAAAACAAAAAUAUGUAAAAAAAAAAUAUGAAAAAAAACCCACCACCCACCACCCACCCCCCAAGCCACGCGAAACCCUAACUGUUACCCUAGGCCAACCUAAAACCGGUCGGCCGCCACCCUAAACCCCCGAAAUCGGCCGGCCGGAACUCCCCAAUACAAACAACCACCCCGCCGAUCUAAGUCCAACUUCAAAAUCACCCCUUGACCCAAAUCCUACCCCCGAAACCACCAUAACCACCACCCUUAAAACACCAUCGAGCCUCGAAAAACCCCUCUAACCUUCGCAAAUCACCGAAAACCUCCAUCCAAGCCCCGAUUAACCCCUCUAACCUUCGCAAAAAGGCCGAAAACCUCUAUCCCAUCCCCGAUUAACCCCUCUAACCUUCACCACGAAACUUGCCGAAAACCACCACCACGAAACCCCAAAACACCAAAAUCGAAACCCUAGAUUUUGGUUUUAGGGUUUCGGCAUACGUGGUGGUUCAAUGGGG